UGUCUGGGCAUGGACUCUACCAGGUGUCGAAAGCGUUCCACAGGGAUGCUGGCCCAUGACGACUCCAAUGCUUCCCACAAUUGGUUCAAGUUGGCUGGAUGUCCAUUCUUGAUACACAUGGGAAUCUGUUGAAUGUGAAAACCCCAGCAGCGUGGCAGUUCUUGACACAAACCGGUGCACCUGGCACCUACCACCAUACCCUGUUCAAAGGCACUUUGAAAGAGCAGGUGUUCUUUAUGUUGUGUACACCCAGUGUAAGUCAGCCAACUCUAGGCCUAGUGAAACUAAAUUAGCCUACAAUACAGGUGAAAACAAGACCAGACCAUAUUGUUGUGUGGCCCAAAAUAUUACAAAUUCAGUGAACAUAAUGUGCAGUCUUUAAUUCAGAGCUUAAAAACAUGUACCAUAGUAAACUCUUGCUCAAUAUGUAUGCAUUUCAUCAUCAACAACACCAGUGUCACGCACACCUGCCACCCUCCCUGUUUUUUAUAGCGCACUCAGCAAUAUUUAGGCAGUAGGAAUGUUCAUCCCUUAAUAAAGACCUGGACAAUAGGGCGGCUCUGUUGUAACUGUCGCCGGCGGGCGUCAAAACAUCAGCUUUACACAACACAGGGUCACAUUAUUUCACAGACAAACAGACGCGCCUCCACUAUAUGACAAGGCAACAGCAUCCCCAGGUUCCAAACCAACAGCAGACCUUGAGCAAGGCCCAUCACAGAUAAUACAGAAGCAAAGGAGACAGAGGUUAUACUGUACUUCUGGAGCUGCAUUCGGUAAUUGGACCCAUACCAACUAUUUUAUCAGUUGAAUUUGAUCUCUUUCGGGCCAGACCACAUCAACAUGGCUGGGAAAACUAUUUUGCUAGUCUGUCUGGCUGUUUUCCUUUCUGCGGUAGACGCAGAGGACCGAUCAAGACUCUACAGGAGGCCUUCCUGUGGGGAUAUGAGCCUAACCCAGGCGUGCCCGCUCAACUACUCCCCAGUGUGUGGCAAUGAUGGAAACACUUACCCCAACGAGUGCUCUCUGUGUGUUCACCGGAUGGAAACCAAUGCAGACAUCUUGAUAGUGAAAGAUGGAAGUUGCUGAAGAGAAGGCCUACUGAUGAUUCUGCCGAGGAAGUGAUAUUAUCACAUGUAUCUUUAACUAUCACAGAAAGAAUCAGAAUUGGUUGUAGAAAUUGUUUUUUAUGGAACACCCACACUCACUCACACACACACACACUUUAUAUAAUCAUAUUGAUUUGCAUUACAUCGUAACACUAUCUUUGUAAAGAAUAAAUCGAUUUCAGUCCCAGCUCCUGUAGAAUCUUUUAUCAUUAAAUGUCCAGAUGCUCCUUA